CAUAGCAGCAACGGCGGCGUGCCUGGGGCUGAAGAGUCUGGCCCGCCCGGCCGCUCUAGGCUCCCGGCCCGGGGCGGCGCGGGGGCACGGCCCUGCGGCCCCGGGUACCAGCCCCACUUGGGGAGUUGAGUUGAACAGCACCGGAACGAGAUAAGGUGGGAAGAAAUCCUGGGGAAAAUGGGGAGGGAAUGAGAUGCCUGGGGCUGGCGGGGACCGAAUGUGGCAUCUCGGGUUCUGGAGGCCUGCCUUAUAAGCCCCAGCGCUUUCUUUUUUUCAACUAUGUGACUUAGGUGAACUAUUGGCCAUUUAUGAGACUGCAAUUUUCAUGAUAAAAUGGAGGUGAUACAAUCAACAGAUAUAAAAUCAAAUGAUGAUGAAAGGACACAUACCGAAAUAUCUCCUAUUCUUUUGGCCAGCCUUGUAGAAGAGCCAAAGAAAAGAAAGGAAGUACCUAAUCAUCUGCUGGAAUCAAAGAUUUUUUCAAAGCUUGAGCAAAAUAAAAUUGUAAAAGCAGAACCUGGAAUAAUACAUUUUGGAAGCUAUAAAAUCGGAGAACACCACCAACAGAUUCUGAAUCUGAUCAAUGUUUCUGAUGAUGUCAUAAAUCUUCAUAUUUUACCACCCCAAACCAAGUAUUUUUCGAUCAAGUACACUAAAAAACAUCGCAUUGUUCCUGGCUUAUCCCGUAAAGUAAUGGUUGAGUUUUCUCCAGAUGAAUGGCGUUAUUAUUAUGAUUGCAUCCGUAUUCACUGUCAGGGAGAUGAAAAUUUACUUAUUCCCCUCCAUGCCUAUCCGGUCCUAAACACUUUGGAAUUUCCCUCAUUUAUAAAUCUGCCAGAUAUUCCACUUGGAGAAAGUGAAGAUUAUGUUAUUCCUUUGCAAUGCAGCUGCCCAAUAGAUUUUGAGUUUCAUAUAAUUGUGCUUCAGCCUGAUGAAUCCUUUGUUGUUCAUCCAACAUCAGGAAUAAUUCCAUCCAAUGGGAAAGUGAAUCUGACUGUUACAUUUGCACCAUUUAGAUAUGGAACUGCACGAAUAAAAUUGCAGCUAUGGAUUUCUCAGUUCAACGCUACGCCUUAUGUAUGUACAUUCACUGGAACAUCAUCUCCUCAAAUGGCUUUGAGUUUAGAAGAUUUUGAGAAAUUUAAUAAACUUUCGAAGAAAAUUAGAAUUCCUCCUGAAAAGACAUUCAAAUUAGAAUCUAAGAAAACGCUAUCAAAAAAGACCAGAUAUACACAUGCAAAGAAAAUUGAAUAUCGAGACUUGAGAUUUCCAACAGAUUUAAGCACUCCUUUUGCUGUGGCAACUAUUUUAAAUCAAGAAGCAGGAAAAUUGAAGCAUAAAGAAUUAAGAGAAGUUAUGUACAGUAAAGAUGAGUUCUACAAAACGAAGCAAAUGAAAGAAGCUCUAUUUUUGAAUAAAGUCAGAUGGGAUACUAUUGAAGAAGCAGACAACUACCUUAAAUGGCAAGUGCGCCUUGGUAAAGAUCCAAUAUCUAAUGAAUAUAAAGAAGCUUUUCAAGAAGAAAUGAGGAGAUGUUGGCAGGUUUACCAGGUAAUAAGAGGAGACCCUGUUUUGGAAGAGGAAUUUGAUCGACGUACUUCCGAAGUUGAUAAUUCCCGAGUCUAUCGAAAAGUGGCAGAGAAAAAGCAAGAUUUGUCUCCUAAAUUUGAUGUUCUUGUUAACAAUCUUUGGCUGAAGAAAUACAGGAGACAGAAAAGAUUUCAACAAGCAGCACGAAAGGUCCUGAUUCGAGAGAGACUCUGCAAAAUAUUAAAUGCUCUUCAUAAAGUAGACAGGCAAAUGAUAUUAAGAAAAUUUGAAGCCGAAAGAAAAACAGCAUAUGAAUUCAGAACCAAAACUAUCUGUCCACUUGCUUUAAGUCAAGAUGAAGCUACCACCCAUUUUUAUUUGCAGCCAGAACAAGUAUUACCUUUUCAAUUUCCUUCACAUUCUUUGGAAGCGAAAUCUGAUGAAUUGGCUCCUGAUGGCCUUGGACUGGUACCCAUUAAGCCAGCAGAGGUUCAGAUAAAACAAUGUCACCAUUUUCUUAACUUACAGGUUCCCCAACUUUACAAUAUUAAGAGGUACAAACCAUAUUGUAUCCAGACUUGCUCAUCGAGUUAUAAAUCUCAAAAACUUGCUCGUCCCCUUAAAGAAGGAGCUAUGGAAGAGAUAAUACUUGUGGAGCCAUCACAACGAUCUGAAAACCACCACUUACCAUCCUGUAGAAAGGUAUCGCUGUUGGAACUCAGCCCUCCUGAAACUAUGCUCAAGUCUCCAUUGUAUCAUCCACUUUCUAUUUUUAAUCCAAACCCAGGACUAUUUGCUGUGAAACACAAGAUGACCUAUGCAGAAGUAACAACUGAUUAUCAUCUGUGUACACAUCCAAAAUAUAUGUUCACCAAAGAAUGUCAUAGAGGAUCCAGUAUUCCCAUGACACAAAAGAAAUUUCUAAAUCGAAAGGACAUUAUCCCUGGAAUCAUGAGCUGGAAAAAGUUCACUCCAGCGGUUCUUUCAGUUUUGAAUGAUACUACCAAUUUGACAUCAAAUUGUUGCCGCGACCCCUACAAUGAGGAUAUGCUGCCAAGCAAUGUGCCCGCAGUUCUCAGUGAAUUAAGAGAAGAAGACAGGGCAGAAAUAAUUGAGCAGGAGCCUGGCGAUCAGCCCCCUGAUAAUGUAUUAACCCCAGAAAUGCUCAGAGCUGAGUUUGUUAUACUAGAAGACAAAGUCAUAAGAGAAGACAAAGACCAAGCACAGACUGAAAAAAUUGGAGAAAAGGUAUUUCAGAACGUCCAAAAUAUGCAGUCAAAAUCAAACAAUAGAAACCUACUUCUGGAAUAAAACUUUCCAAGAGACAGCCAGCAGCCAAAAUUCAGGCCCUUAUCACUUUUCACUUGGAAUAUCAUAACAACCUGUUAACUGGCCUCCCUGCCUCAAGUCAUCUUCUACACAGCUGUCAAAGUGGUUUUCUUGAAGCAAAGAUCCGGCCAUGUCAUUCUACUCAAACUCUAGUGGCUUCCUAUUGAUUCCAGGUUCAAAUAUUCUCAUCUUUUACAUUUUCUGAUUUUAAGUUUAAAAUGUACAUGAUUAGCGCAGUCAAAAAUGUAUGUGACUUAUAAGCAUACACACUGAGGAUGCACACUCAAAAUUAUUUUUUUAUUUGUAAGAGUCUGAAAUCAAUAAAGGUUGGAAACCACUGACCUAACUGAAAAUAGGACUCUUGAAA